AUGACAUACUCGCUUAUAGCUCUGCUUGGUCUGCUUGCAGUAGCUAACAUGGCUUCUAGCCUGCCCCCCCAGACUCAGAUACGCCACAAUCCUGCAAUACCUGGAUGGCACAGUGACCCCAGCUGUGUGUUUGUCCCUGAAAAAGACAAUACCACCUUCUGUGCCUCUUCAACAUUUCUCCUGACACCUGGAAUCCCAAUCUAUGCCAGCAAGGAUCUCACAAAUUGGAAACUGGCGAGUCACGCCCUUUCGCGCAAGAGCCAAUACCCAGACUACAACCAAUCUCUCGCCCAGACCGACGGUAUCUGGGCACCGACCCUUAGAUACCACCAGGGAACCUUUUACGUCAAUGUCAUCUACAAAAACAACAUUUUCAACAAGGUCACGGGAUUGAUCUUCAGCACGACAGACCCCUUUAGCGAUGAUCGUUGGAAUAUUCCAGUCCAGUAUCAACCCUCUUCCAUUGACCCAGAUCUAUUCUGGGACGACGACGGUCAAGCGUACGUUGCAACUGCUGGGACCAAUCUCCAGACGUUGGACGUCACAUCUGGUGCCCUAGGGGAACCGAGCCGGAUCUGGAAUGGCAGCACUGGACACUUCCUAGAAGGGCCUCAUUUAUACAAAAAGGACGGCUUUUACUAUCUUCUAACAGCCGAAGGCGGCUCCGGACUCAAUCACUCGGUCUCGAUGGCUCGAGCAGAGCAUAUCUGGGGACCGUAUCAAGGCUACGAGAACAACCCUGUUUUGACAAACCGAGGUACCUCGGAGUACUUCCAGAAUGUUGGACAUGCAGAUCUGUUUCACGACGCAAAUGGCAAUUGGUGGUCUUGCGCUUUGACCUGGCGCUCAGGUCCAGAUGGACAGACCUACCCGAUGGGCCGAGAAAUGGCGUUGAGCCCUGUAAUUUGGAAGACAGGAGAUUGGCCUUCUUUCGCUCCAGUUCGUGGUAUCCAAAAUGGAUGGUAUCUUCCACCUUCGCACAAUAUCCCUGGAGAUGGUCCGUUUGUCAGUGACCCGGAUGUUGUUGAUUUCGAGCCCAAUUCCACCAUCCCCCGCAACUUCGCUUUCUGGAGGUGGCCUAAUAUGAACUCCUAUAUCAUAUCGCCACCGGGUCAUCCAGGCACAUUGCAGCUGAGGUCGUCAUCUGCAAGCAUCACGGCUGGACACGAAAAUUAUACGGCCGGGUACGAUGGUAACGAGUUCACCCUCAUUAUGCGUCGACAGACCGAUACAUUGUUUCAGUAUAGUGUCGACGUAUCCUUUGCGCCGACAGCCCAGGAUGAGGAAGUUGGAGUCACAGUUUUUCUCAAUCAAGUUCAAAACAUCAACCUUGGCCUUGUGAUGAUGCCAGGAAAUGGCACCAACGGCACACACUCACCACUGGCGCUUCAUUUCCGCUUCCUUGCCAGCGGUAUCCAGAGCAAUGCGAAGAGAGUACCAAUACCCUCUGUUACACCCGUUCCAAAAUCUUGGCUGCAUCAUCCCAUUCGCUUGAUGAUCCGCGCAGAGAGUGAAACACACUAUACAUUCUUCGCUGCUCCAAUGUCACGCCCGUGGGAUGCUUUGAGGCUCGGGCAAGCUCCGGCCACCAUCGUGAGUGGUGGAGCUGGUCCUUUCACUGGCUCUUUGGUGGGUGUCUAUGCCACUAAUAAUAAUGGAAAGGGAUCAACAAAGUCGUACAUCUCAAGGUGGAGAUAUACCGGCCUUGCACAGGAGAUUGACAAUGGAGAUCUCGUUCCUUCUUAG